GGUCUGAUCACGUGACUGCUGUUGGAUCAGGAAGUACGUUGUGCGUCAGAUACACGGUUGUAUCAAAACAAAAUCUUGACUAGUUUGUUGAGAGAGCUGAACGAUAUUUUUUCCUGUCAUCAUCUGGAACCAUACUCGUCUUGACAUGGAUGAAACACUCUUCCAGCUAAAGUUCACUUCCAAGCAGCUUGAGAGACUAGCCAAGAAGGCCGAGAAAGAGUCAGAGAAGGAGCAGGCCAAAGUCAAGAAGGCUUUGCAACAGAAAAAUGUGGAAUGUGCCAGAGUCUAUGCAGAGAACGCUAUCCGGAAAAAGAAUGAAGGUCUUAAUUGGCUGCGCAUGGCAUCUCGAGUCGAUGCGGUGGCUUCUAAAGUCCAGACUGCUGUUACCAUGAAGGGAGUAACCAAAAGCAUGGGUCAGGUAACCAAGGCCUUGGACAAAGCUCUGAACUCCAUGGACCUCCAAAAGGUCUCUGCAGUCAUGGAUAAGUUUGAAAGUCAAGUCCAGAACCUCGACGUCCACACUUCAGUGAUGGAGGACUCCAUGAGCUCGGCAAUGACACUGACCACACCUCAGGAGCAGGUGGAUGACCUGAUCCACCAAAUAGCAGAGGAAAGCGGUUUGGAGGUGAUGGACCAGCUCAACCAGCUGCCUGCAGGAGCCACCUCAGUGGGCGCGGAGAGCACUCGGAGCCAGGAGAAAGAGGACCAGCUGUCUCGACGGUUGGCUGCUCUACGGAACUGAAGCCUCCUCCAGGUGGUGACGGAGCUUACAAGCUGUGCUGAAGCAGAUGAGCUUAAUGACGCCGACAGGAGCUGUGUGUGUUUCUAUUGAACUGUUCCUACCAGGAGGACUUCAUGAGCCUAUUGAUUACCAUCCCCCCUGCUCUAUAAAUACACACACACACACACACACACACAUUGGCUAGAAAUAUCACCUGAGAAGGAAUGAAUCUCUCUCUGGUUCACCUUCCCAUUUCGAUCCAUCUAUUCCCGUUUCCAUCCUCCUUUCUAAUUCCCCACUGGAUCUCAGUUUACCUUUUGCCCGCCCCCCCCCCCCUUUUUUUAUUUUUAUCCCACCACCACCCCCUCCUCCUGAGUCUACACUCAGUUCCUCAGUUCACACACUUCUGGAUGUAGUAUUGUAUAAAGCAGGAUCCCCGUUGUACAAAAUGCAUUAUAUACAAUGAUGAAAAUGAAAAAGUUUUAAUAAGAAGUCAUAGUGAUUAUGAGGGAGUCCCUGGUUCUCAUAAGGUGCAGGGUGGGUUAAAUAUGUAUCUACAUGUUGUUUUUAAAUUCUCUGGGCUCUGUCAGUUUCAAAUGUUUCAAAUGGAUGACUCUGCUCAGAGGAAGGAGACGCAUAUUCAAUGAAAAUAUCUAGUGAUGUGUCGGUAACACUAACAGUCUCCUCCCUCAUCAGAUUCAUCCAAGUAACACCAUCUUCAUGACAUUGUUAUAACACUGUAUACAACAAAGGACAAUCACCAAAUCUUUUGUUUGUCAAAAUUUGUUAUUUUGCUGUUUCAUUUUACUUUCCUUAUUAUUAUUCAUGCCUGCAUUCUGCUUUGAACGCCUUAUAUGGGAUACCGUUGCUUGCAUAGGUGCUUCUCCCGCCAGUGCCUGGAGGAUGGUAGUUUAGAAAGCCAACAGCAUCGAACCGAAACUCAACAGACUUUGGUCAGAACAAGGAAUUUUCCAUUCCUCUUCCUGCCAGAUGAGCUUGAGACAUUAGCGUGUCGGACUUAGCCAGCUUCACAUCAACACCGACUGUGAUGAGUGUGAGCUGAGCUCCGGGUGCUUGUCCUUUUUUUUUUUUUUCUUUUCUUUUGUGGUGUUUGAUUUAAGGUGUUGAAACCCCCAGCGAUACUGAAACCUCACUCAGAUAUUUUUGGAAGCUCCCAAAAUAAAGUAAUCAUCUCCAUCUGUCUCAGCCCAAACAGUUUCAGGAGAAGACAUGCUGGAUUUUUGUUACCCCAUUUUGCCAUGUAAACCUCACAUUUACUUGAAAAGUCAAUGUUUCAGGUAAAUGCAGGUAAAUAAGAUGGUUCAUAUCAAGAGCAAAGGGUGUUUUUUUGCUUGUUUUUUGAGGUCAUAGCUCUGUGUUGAGUAGCCUGCUAAGUGCUUUGACUGGUUUUGAUGUCUCCGCCUUUGGCUGAAGCCACACCUCCACCUGUGACAGAGCAGUUUCACCCUUUUGUCAGUGUUUUCAGUUUGUUGUCCAUUUUAACACAGGGAGGGUUUAUUUAUACUCCAACUUCAGCAGACUUUUCAGCACUUUUGUUUUGUAUAUGAAUCUUGUGAAAAUAAAAUCUUGCCCUCUGAAACAGUC